AACAACGUCAUUUCAGAUCCUGCCGAUGAUCAUCCGGUGUUUCACCCUCAAGUAUUUAGGGCGUAUAUCGCGUGCAACUACGUCAAAUCCAACGGGGUCAGGUAACAGGAUGUUGUCAUAACAGAGCAGAAUUUACACAAAAGACAGAAAGCUGAAACCAGAAAGUGUGCCAAAAAAUUGGCCUUACGGUCAAAUGGAGGUAAACUUGAUAUCAGUUGACUUUUGGUAUGUUAGAAAGACGCUGACAACCGCGAUCAAAAGGGAUGUGUGCGGCUGCUGUCACCAGUAAGUCAUGACUGCUAUCUACGGGCAUUGAUAUCAGUCUUUGCUUGCGCGCUACAGAGUACAGUUUUUGCGCCGAUCUGCAGCGUCAUAUAUUGGCAUCUUGUAAACCGCUGAACGAGACACGAAAUUCGACUGUUCCUUCCUUGGCAGUUGGUCAAGAUGUUGCUGAAGAUGUUGCUGCAUAAACAUUCCGACAUUUUGACCGCCAUCAUUUUGAUGUCAAUGUUUUGCGCUUCGUCGCAGUCGCUAAAACCCCUCAUAAACAGCACAAAUACGUCAGACAAGGAAUCAUUAACAAGCAACACAACACCAGUGCAUCGUCCGCAGUCUAACGCUACAACAACUGAUAGUACAAUUUCACCAAGUUCCGCCCCAACUGAACUAUUUGAUCUAACAACAAUCAAAACAACAAAUAUUUUUCCCACGACAACAGCCACAACUAGUGGGGAACUCCUUCAGACAACAGAAACUACUGAAGGCACCAAGAGCAGAACCACAACUAGUAUCGUAGAAGCAAACGCACAAGCAAAUAAAGCACACGAAAGCUCAUCAAGUACAAUAUUGGCUGUGUCUCUCUCGUUAGGAUUUUGUUUAUUAGCUGUAGGAGUCGCUGCAGCUGUAUUCUUUGUUCGCUGGAAAAGAAUAAAAAAGAUGAAAAAGGGAUUUCAAGAAGAAAUGGCAGUCAUUUGUCUUCACGACGAGCUGGCUUCAGAGGCCCUGUACUGUUCAUGGAAACCUUUCAUGGAUGGAAAUGAAAACAACAAAAUAAAACUUGUCAUUGAAACUUCUACCAGUGACGCGAAUACUUCACGAGCGAACACAUAACAACAAGGAUGGAUCAAAUUAAGUAGCUCUGUGUGCACGUAUAGAAGCAUGUCUCGCAGCAAAGGAAAUAUCGACAACAGCCAUAAGUUAUAGAUAGAAUUGUACAUACCCUUUCUUCCUUACACCAACAUACAUAUUGCCAAAAGGCAGGCGGGUUUUCGUGCGCAAAUUAAUUUUAAAUCAUUCAAGUUUUCAGGAGGAUCAAUUAAUUGAAGUUAGUGUUCCAGUUUGCAUAAACCUGCACUGAUUUUGCACUCUGGCGACUUAGCAAAUCAACAUAUAUCGUUUCUGUGUUUAAUAUA